AUGACGAGUCAACAAUAUCUUCAUCAACAGCAACAACAUCAACAUCAACAGGAUAUUGUUAGUAAUAAUCAUGUCAAUACGUAUAAAGAAAACUUUAAUUUAAAGUACAAUGAAAUCAUCAAUUCGAUUGCAGUCAAUAAGGAAGGUAACUUUGUGUGUUUGGGUGGAAAGAAAGCAUUGCAGAUUGUUGAUCUCGACACUCUAAAGAAUGCAAAGUGUUUCAUACAACAGAGUAAAUGGGAAGUUGGUGUAGUCGAUUGGAAUACACAAGCACCAAACUUGAUCGCAUCAUCUUCAAAUCAUGAUGCAUCUAUUUGGGAUAUAAAUAAUAAGUAUCCAUUGUUAAAUCAGUUUGUAUCACAUCAGAGACCGAUCAGUGAUCUUAGUUGGAGUUUGUUCGAUAAGGAUAUAUUGGCUACGACAUCGGCUGACUCGUUUGUCAAUCUCUGGGAUCUUCGAUCGCCCAAGAGAGUCAUGAAGCUCAAGGCAUUGAAUUCACAUAUACUCAGUGGUAUUCAAGUUAAAUGGAACAAGUUCAAUUCACAUGUAUUGGCAUCGGCACAUGAGAGUAAUCUGAUGAUUUGGGAUCUUAGAAAAGAAACUACAGAGUUGAAUACAACAGUACAUACAACAAAGGUAUAUGGUAUCGAUUGGUCACCUCACGAUCCCUAUGAGAUUUUGACAUGCAGUCAAGACAAAUCUGUCAAGAUCUGGUCUUAUCCAAAUCUUCAACCGAAAUCUAUUAUCUCUACUUCUCAUCCUGUAUUAAGAGCAAAUAUUGCUCACUCCGAUAACAACCAUCACAAUCAAUCUGCCAGUGGACAACUUGCCGACAUUGCAAUGUCGACAUCAUCCAAUGGCAGCAACAACAGCAGCAACAGCAGCAAUAACAACAGUGGUAAUAACAGCGGUAGCAGUAACAAUAGCGGUAGCAACAGCAGCAGCAACAAUAGCGGUAGUAAUACAAAUAGCGGAACAACGGCGAGUAAUAAUCAGCAGCAGCAUGCGAAUUCCACUGGAAUAAUGCAUAGUUUGUCGUCGUCUUCGUCAGAGAAAGAAGCGAUCGAGUCGAGCUACUCGCUUUUAAAGCAACAGGAUGAACAGCAGCUUGGCGGACACAACGAUGAAUUCAUCGGUCCCAAAGAACUAGAGUACGAACUCAAGAUCAUUCAGAAUAAAUUCAUUGAUAAAUCGCUCAAGAUUGAACAGGUCAAUUUGGCUCAGCGUGUUUGUAUCGUCAGCUGUACUGUUUCCAACAAAAGCAAGUCGUUGCUCAACACCAGUAACAAUAGUAGUGGCGCUGGUAGCGGUAUUGCAGCAGGUCGUGCAGGUAAACCUUGUUUUGAGCAGUGUCUCUUGAAACUUGUGGUUUUGGUAAAGAAGGACGUUAUGGAUAGGGCAAGAGGCAUUCUACCGCCAUUGAGUCCUGCAAGUAUAGUCGGUAGAAACAAAGAUUAUUUCGAUUCGAACAUGAUGGUACCACCAGGUGGAAUGGAGGAUAGUUUUAUUAUGGGUGAAACCAAUGGUAUAGAUGGUUUCCCAAAUCUUUCACUUUCAACAAAUAUCAAUAAUAAUAUCAAUAAUAAUAACAAUAACUCAUCAUCAUCUUCUACAACUAAACAUAGUCGUCCAUUAUCAAUCAAUGGAUUACAAGAUAUUCUAAUACAAGAUUAUACUCAAGCCAGUACGAUAGGUAGUGGAAGUCUGAAUAACAACAAUGUAAAUAAUAAUAAUUUAAAUAAUAGUAGUUUUAGUAAUAGUAGCAAUAAUAGUGGUGGUGGUGGUAGUAAAGAUAACAGUGGAUUUUUAAACAGUGUAAGCAAUGGUAGUUUGUCCAGUCCUCGAACCAUUGUUGGCGUCACCAACAAACAUAUUCAUUCACCAACAAACACCUCCGAUAAAAAUCUUAUACUUUCGAAAUCAUUUGAAAAACAACACGAUCUACAACUACAACAACAAACUAAAUCAAAUGACAAAUCACCAUUGUCUGGUUCCUAUAAGGAAUCAGCAACAUCAUGGGCAACAGCAAUCUCCAAUACACUACCGGCAGACUUUUCCCUGUCAUCACACCGUAACUCACUGAGCAUAUCACUGACCACUCAGCAACUACGACAGAUGGAGACAAUGCCAUGUCCACGAUUGUGUGGCGCCGUAUUCGGUGGAAAUAAUCGUUUGAUUUGCUUUUGGAAUAACAUUGGUAAGGGACCAUUGAUCAACCAAUCGGCACCCAGAACCUACAAGGAUUUGCUGAAUAUUGUCAACAAACCUGGAUGUGUAGGUACCACCACCACAACAACUCCAUCGGCAGCAACAGUACUUUCAUCAUCAAAUUCCAUCAACAACAACAACAACACUGUUGGUAAUCCAUUGACAUCAUCCUCUCCUAUCUACGAUAGUCCACUGGGGAUGAAUCAAAUGUACAACUCUGAAAACAAGAUGUCUUUGUCCAGCUUUGGAUCUUCACCAACCACAUUCGCACUCUCUCCACUUGCAACAAGCCAAUCCUCACAAGCAAGUGCCAGUAGCAAUGUCAACAUGAAUAUAAAACAACAUAUACCAACGAUCAACUACCAAAUCAAAAUAUUAGAUAUAUCUCCACUUUCACCUAUUAGUCAAUAUUUAGCCAAAAACUAUAUAAUAAAUGGAACGAUUGAAGAAAUUUGUAGACACAAUGAAAUGGUUGCAAAAUCUAUAAAUAGAAAAGAUCUUGUAAAGCUGUGGUCUGUCCUCGGUAUGAUCACCGAUAUGAGAUUGUUUUUUGGUGCCAAUGGUAAAAUUCAACAAUCAAAGCGAGCCAAACAAGAUUCUUUCGAGGAAUCAUGGGCACAACAUCCAAUGGGUAGACCAUUUGUAUUAUCAUUAUUCAAUCAUUAUAUAAAGAUAAAUGAUAUACAAACGAUUUCAAUGUUAUAUGGACUAUUAACAUUGUCAGCACAAAAAUUAACACAAACAUCUCGAGUUCAGGAUAUCAAUAUUAAUCAACAACACGACACUUCGAAAUCACCGCAUUUGCUUUCACCUUCGCAUUCCAACUCCAAUUUAAUUUCACAGACACUAGGUCUCUCCUUUGGAAAUCUCACACAGGGAUCGAUCAACUUUGAUGAGUUUCUUCCAAAAGUCAGUCAACCACACGGUCAUCACGGUCAUCACGGUCACAUCCACAGCCACUUUAUCAGUGGAUCGAUGUCUGGUGGGCUGAUCAGCAACAACUGGUACGACCCAUCUUUCUGCCUGUUGACACCAAGUCACAGCCGUUCCUACGACCAAUAUCUCAAUUUGUACUCUGACAUACUGCUGCGUUGGGAGCUACUCGAUAAGCGUGCCGAGCUCAUGAAGUUUGUCUCGAGUCCACAGACAGUAUCCGACCAGUCAGCUAACAACAACAACAAUAACAACAACAACAGCAAUGCUCUGAAACCCAUUCAAUUCCAAAUCACAUGUCUUAAGUGUCAACGUAAUUUGGUCGAUAAUUUCUGUGUUAGCUGUAAGAUUUUUGCAUUCAAGUGCGCCAUUUGUCAUAUUUCGGUGAGAGGAUUGUCAAGCUUCUGCGUACUGUGUGGCCACGGAGGACACACCGAUCACAUGAAAGCCUGGUUCAAAAAACAUACAGUGUGUCCCACCGGUUGCAAAUGUGAAUGCUCCAUGUCGAAUCUAUCUUUAAGUGCAUCGGGCAACAACAAAUACAGCAAUCACCAUCAUCUUUUACCUGACCCAUCAAACUCGACCUUAUCAUCAUCAAUUUUAAUCGAUUCACAUUUUUCACCAUAA